CAAAGACCUUUUCUACAGGGCUCAGCACCCUCGAGCUGGCACUCCGAGCUUCUGAGUUCCAUGUCCAGCAUACCCAGCAAUUGUCAGAACCAGGGCCAGAUGAGAUUCCCGCCCGAGUCCAUGUCCCAAGCAAAACUCGGCUCUCCAACAUCUCGUCUUUGAGAAAGCAUGGACCACCACCACCAUGAGCAGGGGUCCCAUAUCCCCGUCCGUGGUACCAUUCCACGCCUGUCCAAACUCCCAAUGCCACGUGCAGUGGCCUCGAGUGACAACUUGAAAAUGUCUGCUCGUUCAUCGCCUGUACCGAACAUACACCACGACGAAUUGCGGAAGACUUCACAUAUACCGCGUCCCCUUGGGGAAAACGUCAACCAGUCGAUCCGCUCGCGAUAUGGCUGGUUGGAUAAACCUGUAAACCCAAGGAGCGAGUCCCCGGUGAGAGAUGCUCUUCGCGAUGUGCAAAUCACGACCUUGGACACGACUCCGCCUGGCUCCAGCCCAGAUCUCCCGGUGUUCGAGACUGGGAACGAGAACCCGACUGCUUCAAAGGCCGGCACAAAGCAUCGAACUCAACAGAUUUCCCCAACUCCUUCAUCAACGGCACCUCGUCCAGAUUCACCAACUAAAAGACCCUUUCGACCGCCUGGGAGGAUCUCUCCGACCAAGGACAUGAUGGCUCUUCCCCCGGUUGUCUCGCCUGGCGAAAUCUACACUCCCCCAAAAGCAUUUGUCAAGGGUCAGCGCUCACGAAUCGCGAAGCCACUUCGGGAUUCCAGGAGAUCGUCUAGUUCAGCUUUCGAUGUGUCUUAUAAGGAGUCUCCUGGAGUUCCACCAAAGCUGUCAGCUCAAACCAUGAAAUACAGGCCUACCUAUGGGGACAGGAGGGCAACGUCGCCCACACCAGCUUCAAAGCAGUCUCUGUCAUCCCUUUUCAGAGUCCCUUCUCCUACGCCCCGAUCCAGUGGCAAACUCGCGGUUUCCAAUGUUGAGUCGCCGCCGGCACUUCUCAAACCCCGGUCACGAGGCGAGAACUCACUCGCACCAUCAACCCCUCCCUCGAAAUCGCCAACAAGGGCAAGGAAGGAUGGCCCCGUUCAGCCGGAUACCACUGUUGCUGCAGCGAAAGAGGCACAGACAACGAAUUCGCCAAAGUCCUCAGCAGCUUUACGAGAGACAAUUGCAAAGGCCAAGGCUGCGAAGAGAAAGGCUCGGGAGAGCGCUGGGACGGCAAGUGCACCACCAGCUGGAGCCCCCGGCUGGCCCACGGAUCUUAUCGACGAAGCUGCGUCUCUGGGCGGCGAUAACAAAGGCCUCUUGCGGAAACGUAUACAACAAGCCGUAACGUCUGGUCAUCUGAAUAUUGCAGCAAUGAAAUUGAAGCAGAUGCCUUCAGAAGUGAUGAAAAUGUAUGAAUCAGAGAACAGCAUGACAAACUGGGCUGAGAUGGUGGACUUAAUAAAACUCAACGCAGCAGACAAUGAGCUAAACGAAUUGGAGGACGACAUGUUUCCCGAUUUUGCAGAAUCGGAACUAGCUGACGACGACGAGAAGAGAUGUCAAUUUGGCGGCCUCGAGACCAUCGACCUGCGCAGAAACCGAUUGCGGCAAAUACCAAUGGGAUUGCGAAGGUUAGAGAGACUUCAAACCUUGAACUUGAGCGGCAACAAAAUUAGCAACAAUGCUUUUGAGGUUAUCGGCCAAAUUCCUCAUCUAAAGGAGCUUGUUGUCGCGGACAAUCUCAUCGAAGGCACACUGGAAUUAGGCGACUGCAAGCUAGGAGACCUUCAAGUUUUGGACUUGCGAGGCAACAAAAUCCAGAGCUUUGGAGCAGAAGGUCUAACCCUGCUCCAGAACUUGAAGGUCUUGAACAUUACCGGCAACAAGUUCUCAACACUCUCCUGGGAGAGUCUACCCACCUCAACUCUGGCCGAGCUCAACAUCUCAAGAAAUUGCAUUUCAGGUAUCCUAUUACCAGGUGCGCUGGCUCUCCCUGAGCUGCGUAUCUUGGACGCCUCGUUCAAUGGGCUGGAGAAGCUUUUCGACAGCGACAGUGCCCCAGACCUCCCCAACCUCCGUUCUCUUACUCUAAAUGGCAACAAGGUGACCGGCCUACUAUCCUUAACGAAUUGCAGCCAGCUUUAUACCUUGGACGUGUCAGAAAACCAACUGGAAGAGAUUCCCUUGGGUUUUACGCAGCUAGAGAAUCUGAAGACAGCAGACUUUGGAAACAACAACAUCCGGCUCGUUUCCCCCGAGAUCGCGACGAUGGUCAACCUGUCGAGUUUCAACAUCGUCGGAAAUCCACUUCGCGAGAAGAAGUACCUUACGAUGAGCACUUCUGAGCUCAAGACGGAACUCGAGAAGAAACUUGAAGUAGAACAAUCAGAGAAGCCUACCCCAGAGUUGAACGACAACCAUAUCGACUUGAACUCGGCGGGAGAGUACCACUACGCCCCUACCAACGGAAUCCUCGACCUUUCCUCCCAUUCUCUUGCUACACUCUCCGUUGCCGAAAUCGACCUAUCUUCGCCGAUCCACACCCUCAAGCUCUCCAAUAACGAGCUUACUUCCUUUCCAGUCGACCUUCUUUCACACCCUUCCCUCAAAUACACCCUCCAAUCUCUCGACCUCUCUCACAACCCUCAACUCCAUCCCACAGAGUACCUGACCAGCGAGCUCUUCCUCCCGAACCUGAAAUCAUUCUAUAUCGUCUCCACAGGGCUGACAUCUCUCGACGCGCUCACCACCUACCUGAAAGCUCCGUGCCUCACGGAGGUGAACAUCUCAUGCCAUCGUCUGGCAGGCCACGUGCCGUGGGUUCGCGCCUGGUGGCCGAACGUGAACUCGUUACUGGCGACAGACAACUGGUUCAGUUCCGUCGAUGUCGAGGGAGUCCGGGGGUUAGAAGUCCUUGACAUCAGGAACAAUGAGAUCGAGAGUCUGCCGCCCAAGCUGGGCCUGUUGGGCAAUCUCCCUGGGUCCAAGGAAAAGGUCGAGGGGCGACUCCGGGUCUUGGAAGUCAGUGGAAACCGAUUCCGCGUUCCAAGGAUCACUGUGGUGGAGAAGGGCACCGAGGCCGUGCUGAGGGAUCUGAGGAGGAUGGUCCGGGAAGAGGAGCUCACGGAUGAGUGGAGAGACGCGAUAUGAUCUGGGCCUCAGGCCCCGUCCGGCGUUCAGCGUGUGUGUGUCUGUCUGUCUCCUGGUCCUUUUCUUUCGCGUCGAUUUCCCCGCCGAACCUGAACAUGAACACGAACCUUCACCCGACACGCUUGUCAUGACGCGUUCAAGCCUUGCAGUGUUUCGCACGCAUGCAUCCCAUCUUGUUUCUUCCGGUCACGGUACGAUGGCGGCCGCAUGUGCGCUGAAGGGGGAGAAGGAGCUAUGUUACAUCCUUCCUGCGAUGCGAGGCGAGGGCCAAUUUUCUCAAGACCCCCAUUAUUUUGUACAGCCGUUGGUUUUGUGCUACAGCGUACCUCGUACAUGUGCACGUUAAUGUUGAUGUAUGUAUCUUCACACUUUUUGUAUAUAGAUAGCGCCCUUUUUUUGGGAUGGCAUUGGCAUGGCAUAGCGGGGAUGGGUAAUAAUGGUAUUCCUUUACAUGCUAGCAUUCAUCGACUUUCACACCCCCUUUCAGUCGCUGUCUCUUCUCGGGGUCAGAGGGGAAGUAAAUAACUGGGUGUGAACGGGCUCCAGAACCCAGUCUCCA